CCUAACGCUACCAGCACCAAGACGGUAAGAUUUACAGAUGUUCAAAUGUCAAAUUAAAAUCUCUUAUAAUACGCCACUUAGACUUUUUUGUAUUGCUAAAAAUAUACAUCUUAGAUAAAAUUAACAGAACCAAAAAAUUGUCAAUAUUGGCGGUGCGACUGUUCUAACGUUUGUGUGAUAAAUUGUGGUUGGGUCCGCCAUGAAGCUGUCAGGACGGGGCGUUCGGGGGGAGUUUCCAUAAGUCCUCAGCUGAGACAGAAACGGUCAAAGACGAAGUUGGAAUGAAGUUUACUGGGACGAAUACACUUUUAAUUUAGCGUUGGAAACACGUACUUUUAACUUUAUCUAACUCGGAACAAAGACUUUGUGUAUUGCUGUUGCACUUUUGCUUUAAGUCGGUGUGAAGGACAGGAUCAGUUGCUGUCUUAAAGCACUUCUUGUCGGACCGUGUGAAGGACAGGAUCGGUUGCUGACUUAAAGCACUUCUUGUCGGACCGUUUUCGCCUUGUGUCGACGCUAACGGCGCGGAGGAUGCACACCUCACAGACGGACACAACUUACACCAAGAUCUUUGUCGGAGGGCUUCCCUAUCACACCACGGAUUCGAGUCUCAGGAAAUAUUUUGAAAUGUUUGGGGAGAUUGAGGAAGCUGUCGUUAUCACGGACAGGCAGACUGGAAAGUCCAGGGGUUAUGGCUUUGUGACCAUGGCAGACCGAGCAUCAGCAGAGAGAGCAUGUAAGGACCCGAACCCUAUCAUUGAUGGCCGGAAGGCCAACGUGAAUCUGGCCUACCUGGGAGCCAAGCCCAGGAUCAUGCAGCCAGGGUUCUCAUUUGGUGUUGCUCAGAUGCAACCAACAUUUAUCCAAAGGCCUUAUGGAGAUAGUGAGGAUGUUCAAACCCAACUACAGUAUCCUUCCCCUUUCCGCCAGGUUAUGAGGAUUCCCACUCACUACGUGUACCCUCAGGCCUUCGUCCAGCCGAGCGUCGUCAUCCCACAUGUCCAGACCACGGCUGCUUCAGCUGCCUCCUCCUACCUGGACUACAGCAGUGCCUAUGCGCAGUACUCCGCGGCCGCUAGCACCUUCGACCAGUACCCAUACGCCGCCUCGCCUGCUGCCAGCUACGUCGCCGCGGCUGGGUACGGCUACGUGCAGCAACCGCUGUCUUCCCCUGCCCCGGUGGCGGCGUCUACAGCUGCAGCUGCGUUUGGCCAGUACCAGCAGCAGCUGCAGGCAGACCGUAUGCAGUAGGGGGAGGAGCCAGGAGGGAGGAGCCUGAGCACACGUAAAACUGGAGCACGCAGACCCAGCAUUCACCAAGGAACAAACCCAGCAAACCCAUCUGUUGGGUUGGUGUGCCAUGCCCACUUGUGAGAUUGCUGGGGAGUUUUUAGAAUGUUUUCCCCCAUUCACACUGGGUCAUCUGGUGCCUCAGUUCCUAAAUGGCAUCAUUAGGCUGUUGGUGUUUGUUGGAGAAUGUCGGGUUCAUGCGUCUUUGGCUUAAGAGGAGGCAGGGGAUGAAGAGACUAGUUUAUGGCCUGAUAGUGCCGGUGGGAGUGGAUUGGAAGUGUGCUAGGGGGACAUUUCUGACAGUACUGCAACUCAACCAAAGAUCAUCGUGGUGAUAUUGGACAGAAAUAAGGUUUAAUUGUUCUGUGCUUGUGUCUACUGUUAUCCAUUUGUUUUGUGUUUUUUUAAAAAUUUUGUUUGUGUUUAUUUAAUAAGGCGAAUCCAUGUUCUGUUUUCACCAGUGGUGUCACACUAUUUAUCGUGCCACUGGACUGUUAAGGGAAGCUUCCCAGAAGCAUCAUCUCUUAAAAGAUUUGAACUGUUACAAAGAGUGCUUGCUUUACCAGUUGAUAAGGAUUUGAGUACUAUAUUGCUUUUUAAAAACUAAUUCGUGUUGACAGUCACAGUAAUGUUUCAUAUUUCUAUAUGUUUUUAGAGGCAAGAUUGCUGGCUUCUUACUGAAUGUUGUAAACAUUGCAAAUUUAGGAGCAAAACAACUUCAGACACUGUGGUGAUCUCCUGGAGAGCUGAGACGUUUCUGCAGCGUUAUUCUAGGGAUCGUUCCUGUGAGUCUGGUGCCACAGCACGCUUCUAAACCUACACGUGCUUAUUCAUAUACAUGACGGAAACUUCAUUCACAUGACCAUCAACACUACAGCGUGUAGGUGUUAGUUACUGGUGGGUUGCAGAGCUGGCCUAUGACAUCAUAGAAACAGAAACUGUUUCUAUGGUUACAGUGCCAUAUGUCACAGGAGUAAGGUCUUUGCAUUUAGUGCUUUACAAAUCCAGGGAUAAAUGCUCCUUUGCAUGUGCUACAGCUACUAGGGAUGACAAAAGUGGAACUACAUUUUCUGGAAAAAUGUCUGCUCCCUGUGGCUUCGCAGUAACAGCUGUAAGCCGAUGUUUAAACUUUAGAUGUCACCCUGCUGAACACAGUUCGGGUCCGUGGUAGAGAAAUGGUUCAUUUAUAUUCAUAAGAUAUGGGAUUCUAUACAAUGCCGCUGAAAUACACAUUUGGAUUUGACGGGUUUGUAUAGGAGUGUAUGAUGAUGUCUGUAUAUUGCAAUGACACGCGUGUUUUUAGUAUGCCCUGUUGCUUGCCAACGCGUGGAGUCCCUCCCAUCACUGCUGAACUGUGUGCAUGUGCAACUGUGAGUGUGAUUUCUUUGUUUUUCCAUCAUUUUGUGAUGGAGGUGUUCUUUACAAAUGGGGGUUCAAUUUUAUACUUGAAUGAUACAUUACAUGAAGAAUAUCUGGAAAUAAAACAGCCCUUCCAUCUGAAUUGUAGUUUUUUUAAAAUAAGAAUUUCUAAACAUAUUUUAUGAAAACUAUUUUUUUUAGUGGGAAAAAACAUUCAAUAUGUCCAUGCUUCAUCAAAAAAUAUUAAUAGUAGUAUUAGUAGAAUCUAUCCCUCUAUGGCUAGAGAAAUGUUUGGGCUCCUUUUACCGUACUGCCUGAACUCCUGUGUUGUUUUACGCUGUAAUUCAACAAUCAUGACUUCAUGCUCCAUGAAAGGUCUUGUAGUGUUAGCUGAUGUGCAAAUGUGCCUAGGGUUUUUUGUUUUUUUUUGCAUAUUUUAGGCAUAUGUUAUCAGAACAACAUAAAUAUAUAUAUAUGUUUCAGUAGACAGCAUGUGUUCUCUCUGGGGAUCAAGCCCAUGACUUUGUUACAAGCACCUUGUGCUACCUCCUGUACCCAGUGAACUACAGGAACACUAAAGGUUUAUUAAAGGUGCCAGUAUAAUGAGAGAAAUGUUUUAAUUAACAUUGCAGUAAUUGAGUAAAAAUGCUAUAUUUUA